AAUAAAGCACAGAGGGCAGGCGCUUGAGAAAAGCCAGUGUGCACGUGUCGCUCCCUCAGUGGUGCUUACUUGUCACAGCCCCGGCAGUGCCAUAGGACCUGAAAUUUUCGCGUGUUUUGUGACAAGAACUUGGGAAUUUCUCGUCGCAAAAGUGCGUGUGAUCGCACUGAUUAAGCUUGUGAGUUCACUGUAGCCAGAACCCAGAGAUACCAUGUCUACAGGAUAUUGGGAACCUCACCGGUGCCGGUUAGAAUGGGUUCUUUUUCUAAUCUAUCUGAGCUCUGUGCUCGUGUCAGUCAAGUCCGACUGCCAAGCCCACCCUUCCUUUAUUGCUUGCACACGUGCGGUGCCUAGACUGACGCACCUUGUUAAAGCCGGUCAGUUAUCACAUGUGAUGAUAACCCAAUACGAUGGUGAACUGAGUACGGACAUUCCUGAAGGGUACGGAAACUACACGGUGAAGAGUUUGCAAGUUUCCAAGUCACGAAUUACCAAUAUUCAACCUCGAUUCUUUGCUCGACUAUCCAACAAUAAAUUGAGUCACCUAACACUCAGCGCUGUGAAUGGGACUCUGCACUUAGAUUCAGGAACACUGGGUGGUCUGGAAAGCGUGCUUCAUACACUGUACGUGAGUGAUCCUGUGCUGCAAGACGUGUCCUAUUUGGCCAAGUUAUCCCAGUUGGAUCAGGUGAGCCUGGUUCGAACCAGUCUCGCUGAGCUUCCACCGAAUUUUGUAACUGUACUGAGGCAUGUGAUCAAGUUGGACCUAUCAUCCAAUCAGUUGACAACUCUGCCCUGGAGUGAAGUCGCCAAACGCAUAGCGGAUAUAACGUUCAGUGAAAUAAAGUUAGCGAACAACCGAUGGCAUUGUGACUGCGGUUUGAGGCCAUUGGUGGUCGCACCACUUGAAGCCAAACGCAAGGUAGCUAAUUUCGAAUGCUCAACACCAGCUGAUCUGGCGGACCUCCCACUGCAGGCUCUCACUGUUGAGAGCAUAUGCCCUGAAACUCCGGAGCUGCCUGUAGACAAGCGCCCAAGUGUGCCUGGAUGGAAUACGGGUGUAGUCGGCGGGAACGAUGCAGGAACCGGCUCAGAUAGUGAACCGGCUGAAUCAAAACCAAACUACGGAAAUGAGGAGCAGCCGUUGAGUGUUGCCCAGGGAGAAGAAGCAAAACUAGCAACUGCCGGUGGAAUGUCGACAGAAGUUAUUGCGGUCAUCAUUGCUAUCGUCGUGGUGGUAGCCAUCGUUCUCAUAGCAGUUAUUGUUUUCAAAGUUCGUUCAAAGAACCAACGGCAAAGAAAGCAGGAUGGGGACAAACCAUCUCACAAAAGUAGCACGUAUUGCCACGUCAUUGAACAUCCCAACUCCAAGCAAGCCGGACGGAACUCGGGGACUAACAACUCUGGUGCACCGGCAGCUCCUGGGAACAGCUACAACCGAGACUUGGAAGAUUCAGAGCGACAGCCACUGGCUCCGCCCUACUAUUCCCGAGAUCCCCGUCUAUAAGCAACUACAUUUCUAUUUCGAAUAUCUCACAAAGAUAUGUCACGGUUUUUCCGGUUGACAAACUCUUCGUUUCACUUUUCGCUUUUCUUGAUGCUUCAGUUAUUCUUACUCAACAGCUAGCCUUCAAGAAGCCAGUCAGUCUAUCAUGGUGUCGAUCUAAUCUGCGUUUUCAGAUAGAUUUGGAGCAAAAUAGAGCUGUGCGUAAUAUUCAAGAAUGCAACAAAUUGUAUAUGUCUGUUUUCCAUAUCUAUACACUCCACAAUGUAGUAUAUACACUUUUUGACCCCACCCAAAUCCUGGCACCAUCUCCAGCCACAACCGGAUUAUUGGAUUCAAAUCGGAUUUACUUUUGCCGAUCGACAGUACCAAUCAACUGUUGAAAAAACAGCAUUGAAUAAGUCUUUUAUUCUAUGUGUUUUUCGCGGUAUGGUUCCGACCACGAAAUCUAUCACCUAUAUUUCUGAUACUAUCCUGCCGAAUUAUGGAAAAAUCCUGCAAAGGAACGUCUACUAUGUCGUACAACCGUGGUUACUAGUUCCUUUCGCACUUCAAUGUGACUUUCCAAGUGUAUAAUAUACCCGUUGCCAUUUAGCACCCGCCCGCUCGUUUCUUUAGUCAGUUUUCCGGAAUGGUCUUUGGCGAAGCUCAGUGUUUGCGAACAUUUCCAAGGCGAAUUCUUGAUCAAUAAGUAGUUGAGCAAACUAUUUACCCAAGUCCAAGAGUACGUACGGAAGAAAUACUGUUGUGCGCUUACUUUUCUUCUUCAGACGGAGUUGUACACAUCCAUUUGCCAAUCUGCAACAUUCAAUCGCUUCCAGUAGCUGAUUCGUACUCACUGCUUAGUACACAGUACGAGUGUUUUCCUCAUAUGGUGCUUGUACUCAUUUGCUUUGAUUGUACUAUCGAUCUUCUUUUUAGUAUUUCUAAUCACACUACCGAUUCGUUUGUUUUUUUAAAUGCCAUGCAGUUCAUUAUCAUCAUAGACCGUAAACGAACU